AUGGCAGACAUUGACGAGAUCAUGAGCGAGAGAUUGUACCUGCAAAAUGGCGAGACGGACGAGGCGGUGGAUGUCGACGCAGUCACGGAGCUUCUGGCGACGCCCUAUGACAAGAUUUUCAAGCUGAGCGGGGAUGGCAAGACGUAUGUGAGACCUGUUAGCCUCUUCGGAGUCCCCGUUGAGAAGAUGGAAGAGCAGUCGGCGUACUGGGACGACGAUUGGUUCUCCCUGAACGCAUACCUCGACCGAGAGGCAGACGAGGAGAGGAGGAAGCACGGGACCAGGAGGCAGCUCCAACAUGAGAACGAUGCGGAACAGACGGCCUUUCUCAUCAAGUGCCUCAAAGGACAUACCGACAACGUCACCAAGCACCGCAAGAUCCGCAACGUCUUUGGUCGCGCGAGGCCGCACCACCCCAACCAGCUGGCGUCAAAGGCAUUGCUCCCUGAGACGGGCCUCUGCGAGCAGGAGAUCAUGUACAUCUUGGGAUGCAAGAUGACCGGCUUCCAAUACCUCGCCGACAGGGGCAAGAUGGCCAUGGGCGCGUGGGACUUUGUCCGCUGGAGGAUCGGCAGAGCCCUUCUAGCCUACAGGGCUGGCAAGUGCGUCUUCGUCAAGAACAACGACAUCAAGGCCGUCAUCCGCAACAUCAUCUCCAGGGAUAGCAUCGACCCGCUCUUCCGCCAGGCCAUCCUCUAUGCCGCCCGUCUCGACGGCAGGGGAAACAGCUAUCGGUCGACGAAGGUGCUAGAGAGGUCAAUGCCAAAGCCCCCCCGGCCUGCCAGGUUCCCCAGGUCGCCCAUCAGUGCCAGCUCUCAGGCUAGGGUGGCGAGAAGCCGGUCCUUGCUCACGGCUUCCCACAACCGGCCUCGUCCAACUACCCCGACGAGCCAGAACCCAGAAUCUGGCAUGCCCCGACCGGAAGAAGCACCCCAGGGAGUCCGGGGUGGAAGGGCUCGGACAGGGGCCCGCGUGCAGAAGAAGCAACGGGCGCGGUCGUUCCGCCAUUCUCGGCGGGGCACGAAUGGGUUUCGCAAAGAAAAGGGCCCGUCCUAA